AAGCAUGUAUUCCCACAUGAGUAGAAGAAAAAACAUCAUAAGAGAACAGAAGUGUGUUGCUUAACAGUGUGUAUUCUUUGGCAGCAAAAAAUGGCAUUAGAUAUCAGGACACCAAAAGCGGUCCAAAGAGCAGAGGUCAGGCACAAAUUAAAUGUUCCAGAAAUACCGUGGCCAGAGAGGAACAUGUGGAUUGCAUGACAGAAGUCCACAGUCCUCCGUGCCUACUUCUUCCUUUGUGAGUUGAUGUCAAGCUCAUUUUGACUUAAGAUUAUCUUGCUCUUGGCUUGUCUUCUGAAAGCCAUGUGGCUCUACUUGGUGGCUCUAGUGGGCCUGUGGACCCUCCUGCGCUUGUUCAGGGAGAGACAGGUGGUGAGCCAUCUCCAAGACAAGUAUGUCUUCAUCACGGGCUGUGACUCCGGCUUUGGGAACCUGCUGGCCAGACAGCUGGACAGGAGAGGCAUGAGGGUGCUGGCUGCAUGUCUGACGGAGAAGGGAGCCGAGGAGCUGAAGAGCAAGACGUCAGCCAGGCUGGGGACAGUGAUCCUUGAUGUCACCAAGACAGAGAGUGUUGUGGCAGCCACUCAGUGGGUAAAGGAACGAGUUGGGAACAGAGGACUCUGGGGCCUGGUCAACAAUGCUGGCAUCGCAGCCUUUUCUGUCAAUGAGUGGUUGAACAAACAAGAUUUUGCAAAAGUCCUGGAUGUGAACCUGUUGGGCAUGAUCGAUGUGACUCUGAACAUGCUGCCCUCAGUGAGGAAGGCAAGGGGCCGUGUGGUCAACGUCUCCAGCGUCAUGGGUCGACUGUGUUGCUUCGGUGGUGGCUAUAGCAUCUCCAAGUAUGGUGUAGAGGCCUUCUCAGACUCCCUCAGGAGGGAGCUCUCCUAUUUUGGGGUAAAGGUGGCUAUUAUCGAGCCUGGAGGCUUCAAGACUGCUAUGACCAAGAGUGACAGGCUAUUGCCAAGUAUCAAGAUGCUGUGGAACCAGGCCAGCUCAGAGGUCAAAGAGAUCUAUGGCGAGAAGUUUUUCUUAUCCUUGCUAGAAACAGUGAACUCAAUGGUAGAAUCAGGCUCAGACGACCUCACUUUGGUGACAGACUGCAUGGAGCACGCGCUGACUUCCUGUCACCCUCGCACUCGAUACUCAGCUGGCUGGGAUGCCAAGCUCUUGUACCUCCCCAUGAGCUACCUGCCCACCUUCCUGACAGACGCCGUCUUCUACUGGAUGUCUGGGAAGCCUGCCCAGGCCCUAUGAAAUCUGCACUUGUGUGCAAAAUUGGGAGAGUAAUGUGGGUGGAGGGAACAAAUGGCACUGAGAUACUUUGUUCACCGUAUUCAUUAAAAUGAUUCUGCUUUCACACUGCUCAAGAUCAGUGAAGUUCAGAGGAAAGGGCCAAAGAAUUCUGCCAAGGAUGAGGGAUACAAAGGUGAUAGCAGUAACUUGUUAAGUUGGGCAACUUCCCCAGGCUCUUAGCAUCAUGGCCUACUGUGAGAAUCCAUAAUGGGGGGAAGCUGUGAACACCUAGGACAUGCUUUGCCUCCAGCCCCUUUCUUCAGGAUGUGCACGGGCCUGAAUACUCACACCAUCAUGUAACAUGGAGAGAGUCUACUUCUCAAUCCCCUUUGUCCAAGGUAUCAAGUUGGAGGGCCAUCACCAGUACUCAAUGUCCUAACACCGCAUCAGCAACCUGCAGUUGGGAGACAGUAGCACUGGUGGCGUGGAAUCCAGCCAAGACAGAGAAACCAAAUGUUGAUUUGUCUUGAAAUCAUGGCUUUCUUUGGAUUCGUUUCAUUGUAGAAUAAAUGCCACAAAGAUU